CGAAAACUCGUUUGAAAAACGGCAGUUGUUACGGGGAGAGCGACCAGUGAACGUCUUAGGUUAGACGGUUUUAUUUUAAUUUGGUGAAGUUGCAUUUUCCCAAAAGUUUUCCUGUUGAACGCGUCGAUUUCCGCGAUUAGAGACGUCUUUGGUUACGCAACGGAACUAAAAUUAGAACAGCGUGUGCAUUCCAAAUUCAACUUUUGGUGUUUUAGUGCUGGAUAUAGUAGAGUUUUGGUUUGAAACAAUACUUGGUGGACUAAUUGGUGAUUUUCUACUUCCAAAAGUGAUUUGACAGGUCGCUUCCAAUCGCAUCGUGCAAUGACCGAGGGUUGAAGAAAGAAAACCCGUUUUGCCGCCCCCGAUAGUGCGAUGCUGUCGGCUGGCAUGGGUUACGGGGCCGCCCCCGGAACGAUGACGGGCACCACGCCUCCCUAUUCUCCCCCUUUGGCCCGUCAUAGCCCCCUACCAAGCUUCGGAUUUACGCAGGAGCAAGUCGCUUGCGUGUGUGAGGUUCUGCAGCAAGCAGGGAACGUAGAAAGACUGGGCAGAUUCCUAUGGUCGUUACCGGCAUGUGAUAAACUCCACAAUAAUGAAUCCGUGCUCAAAGCUAAAGCAAUCGUCGCUUUCCAUAAAGGCAACUUCAAGGAUCUGUAUAAAAUACUAGAAGGACAUCAGUUCAGUCCGCACAAUCAUGCCAAGUUACAAGCCUUAUGGCUCAAAGCUCAUUAUAUUGAAGCUGAAAGACUUCGAGGUAGGCCAUUGGGCGCAGUAGGCAAAUACAGAGUCAGACGAAAAUUCCCAUUACCAAGAACAAUAUGGGACGGCGAAGAAACAAGUUAUUGUUUUAAAGAAAAAUCCAGGAGCGUACUGCGCGACUGGUACUCACACAAUCCUUACCCUAGUCCGAGGGAAAAGCGAGAACUUGCCGAAGCCACUGGUUUAACGACAGUGCAAGUUUCGAAUUGGUUUAAAAAUAGGCGACAACGAGAUAGAGCCGCCGAACAUAAAGAUAGUAACCCAUCGAUUUCGGACAAACCGCACAUGGACACCAGCGGCUCGGACAGCGAAUCCGAAGGACACAAAAUGACGGGCUACAAUCCAGGUGGUAUGGUGCCUCCUCAAUUGAACGCCUACCCCACGCUCACAGCCUCCGGAAUGGGGCAACCCCUCUAUCAGCCAGGCGGUAUUCUGCACGACUAUCAAACGUUGUGACAGUGGUUGACAGUUCCUGCGACGGACACGAUCCAGAACAAUAAUAUUAAUAAUAAUAGUUUUUAAUGGGUACCUAGAAGUUGUUAGAGGAGAAUGAUGAAGAACAGAGGAUAAAGUUAUUUUAUAAGUAGAGCAGCUGCAAAUUAGCAAAAAACUUUUGACUUAAAGUUAAUACCAAAUAUUUGAAGGUUCUAGUAAAGAGUUAUUGUCUUUACUGCACAGCAGAAGGUCACUGCUUAAGCUUCUUAGCAUGGGCUGAACACAGUUUGAAAUGAAGUUUCGCGAAAAUACAUGAUCCAGAACUGUAUUUUUGAAUUGAGGUGAUAUGAAGGUAUUAAAAGCGUAAUUUCGAUCUGAGUCCUUAUACUUGAAACAGGGGAGCAGCCUUGCCUUGAGCAUCCUUCCCAGGAGAACGAGUGUUCCGUCUUUGUUACUUAUACUUACCUAUUAUCAUUUGUAUAUCAUUGAGAAAGACGGAACACCCAUUCUCUCGGGAACGUUGCUCCCCUGUUUCAAGAAUAAGAACUAAGAACCCUGAUGAGAAAUACAUUUUGAAUAUGUUCUCCUAGGUGUGAAUCCAUGUGGUUAUAGUUCAAAUCUAAAGUUAUUCUGAGUAAUGUGUAAUUGAAUAUCUCUGUUCUUUUUAGCGGGAAAAUGUACUUAAAUGCACACUAUGCAAAGCAUAUUCGAGUGCGAUUGUAAAUUACAAAGCAGGCGUCAAACGUCUAUAUUUAUAUUUAAGAUUUUUUCACCAUUUCACUUUUGUAUAGUUUGUAUUAAAUAGUAUAUAGGGAAUAUGAAUCACCAAAAGUCACAACCCAGAUUCAAACAGACAUAAUAAAGGAUUUAAACCUUAUCAUAUUUCAGUCCUGUACAAUUAAUAACUAUUUGUAUCAAAAAUAUCAUAGACUUAGAUUUACAAUCGCCUAAUUCUUAAUUUAUCUGUUUAUUGAUUUUUUUGUUAUCUGAAUAAAAUUGUUUUAUAAAAAUUAUUAUGCUGUAAAUAAAAUGUGAUUUUUAAUUAUU